AAUUUGUUUAGUUUUAACCUGAAAUUUGACUGAGUUAUGCUAAUCCCGGUGUAGGAAAGUUCACAAAUGAAUUGCAAAGCUUAAAAUGAAUUGCGACAUUAAGGUAAAGUGCUUGCACACUGUACAUUUGAACUAAUGAUGGCAGUCACUUACUGUAAUCCCGUUUACUGUAAUAGAUACAGACCUACAUGAAGAGUGUAAAUGUAUUGUGCAGGGAUUUGUCUUGUCACUAUUUCCACUAUUUUCCAAUAUGAUUUUUUUCACCUGCGACAGUAUAAUGAUAGUACAUCCAGUAUAACUAAACAAUUGAGGCGAAUUUGGAUGCAGCAUACUUCUUAAGUAUUCAAAAAAUCCCCUACAUAUUAACUUCUCUGUCUUUGCUGUGAGCUUGGCCUCAUCUGCACUUUGCCAAAUGACCGUACAAGACCUUCAUGUGAAGGAGGCUCAAGUCCUGUUGCAUAAGCAUCCCUUUCCCUCUGCCAGUGAUUCUUUAACGGGCAGGGUUCGCCAUCAUCUCAUUAACCGUAGUUAUUUUAGGUGUCAACUUCAGUUUAGUUGAAUAAUAGGUUUAGACACUCAGCAUUCAGUCCAUCCCUGCGGAGCACCAGUGUGGAUUUGUCAAGGCUACUGUUCACCUCAUCGCCAAAGUACACCUGCACCGUAACCCAUCGGAAAGGGCCAACUGCCUGGCUACGGGACAGAGACUGUUUUCUAUCCCUGCAGGACAGCAGCCAUGGGUAACAAUCACGCAAGUUUGGAUGACAUCCUUGCUGAGGAUAUGCACCACUGGUAUAACAAGUUCAUGAAGGAGUCUCCAUCAGGCCUGAUAACGCUGUUUGAACUCAAGUCCAUUCUCGGAUUGCAGGGUAUGAGCGAGGAUGCAAAUAGUUACGUGGACCAGGUGUUCUUCACAUUCGACAUGGAUGGGGAUGGGUAUAUAGAUUUUGUAGAAUAUAUUGCUGCCAUUAGCCUUAUGCUCAAGGGGGAAAUCAACCAGAAACUAAAGUGGUACUUCAAACUUUUUGACCAGGAUGGCAAUGGGAAAAUUGACAAGGAUGAAUUGGAGACAAUAUUCACGGCAAUACAAGACAUCACAAGAAACCGUGACAUUGUGCCAGAAGAGGUGGUGACACUUAUCUAUGAAAAGAUUGAUGUGAAUGGAGAAGGUGAACUGACGCUGGAGGAGUUCAUCGAAGGAGCUAAAGGACAUUCGGAUAUUAUGGAAAUGUUAAAGAAAUUGAUGGACCUUACACCAGUUUUAGGUAUUAUUGUUGAUGGUCGACGGAAACCGAGCAUUGACAGUUAGGUUCGGCUUAACGGCAUACUAGAGACAAAAUAUAAUAAACUGAAAUCCCGUCCUGAGAACUAAUUCAUAAGACGUUGAGGUUCAGCCAUCUCUCCAAGUAUCAGAUGUACCUCCUCACAGCACGUGUGAUCCUCAGAAGAAAAUUCUGGAAAGAAUUUAGCUAAUUGCUAAAUCAUGAUGUCUGAUCCCAGAGGAGAUGUAAAGCCUUGUGUGUGUCGGAGGUGUCCAGAGCCAAUCACUGAUCCUCUAAUGCUAUGAGUGCAGAGGUCCAAGGAACUGUUGGCAGCACUUGGGGAUGAACAACAUUAUGCUUUUUAAGGAAAAGCUCAGUGCAGAAUGCUGAGAAUAUGAGUUGCAGUGUUGGGGAAAGUUACUUUUAAAAGUAAUGCAUUACAAUAUUAAGUUACUACCAAAAAAGUAAUUAAUUGCGUUACUUAGUUACUUUUCAUGGAAAUUAAUGCUUACGUUACUUUUUAGCUACGUUUGCAUUGCUUUUUCAGGACUUGCAGGUGUAUUUUAUGACUGAAAAGUUCUGCAUUCAGAAAUUGCAUAUUUCAUCACAAAAAUGUCGAACUCUGGCCUGCCAAGUGUGUAUGCAUAGAGUGCAUAAUGUGACUAGUUUAGUUUAAAGGUGCAGUGUGUAAUUUUUAGAAGGAUCUUGACAGAAAUGCAAAAUAAUAUACAAAACUAUAUUAUCAGGGGUGUAUAAAGACCUUUCAUAAUGAACUGUUAUGUGUUUAUUACCUUAGAACGAUACCUUUUUAUCUACAUACACCUACAUACUACAUAUUCCUUACAUGGAAGUCGCCAUUUUGUGCUGCCAUUUUUCUACAGAAGCCCUUAACGGACAAUUUUUUUACUAAGUUGGCUCCGACGAUGACAUGUUUGUCCGGUGGCAGCUACCGUAGCUUCUCUAUGUGUUUCAAAAGCGAGGGGUGAGCAAUGGACUGAGCCAUUGGUUGCAAUUCGCAACCUCACCACUAGAUGCCGCUAAAAUUUACACACUGCACCUUUAAUUCAGUAGGCCUACAUAAUUUUUUUUACUGAAUUAAUUAAACUAAAAAAGUAACUUGCAUUACUUUUUUUGAAAAGUAACUCAAAUAUUAAUGUGUACAUUUUAAAAGUAAUGCAUUACUUUACUCUUUACGUCAGAAAAGUAAUAUUAUUACGUAAUGCACAUUACUUGUAAUGCAUUACCCCCCCCCCCCCACUGCAAAUAUGUAACCAGAUAUGGAUAUAUUGAGAUCUCUCCAACAGUCAGUGUACUCAGACAUAAAUACUCUACUGAGAACAUCUGCCAUAAAAGUGUAAACCCUUUUGAAAAAUCCAGCUAAGACCAGCAUAAACUGGUAUCUGGUGUUAGCUGGUUUAAAGUGGCAGUAGCUGAUUUAAGCUGGACCUCUUAGCCUGGCAAAGCUGAUCAAGCUGUUGGGUCAGCUGGUGUUCUAGCCUGACCAACUAAGUUCAGCUAGACCAGCUUAAAAAGUGAACAAAAAACAGCUAGACCAGCUUGAAACACCAGCAAUACCAGCUAAAAACCAAGCUGGAAAACCAGCUAAGACCAGCAUGAGCAUGAUUUUUCAGUAGGGAAUGGUUUUAAAUGAUCAAUUCAAAGAUUUGCUAAUGAGAUUAUCAGUUUCAUACCCCUCAAUCUAUUAUGCUUUGUAUUUGAUAAUUUUCA